AUAGUCUAAGCAUCUCUCUCUCUCUCUCUCUCUCCGUUGUCAUUCCAUCUUAUCCCCCACCUUCUUAAGUUGAAUUUUGUUUAUCAGCUUCAUAUGGCUCGUACAUGCAGACAGAAGACGAUUUUGCCUCACUGUUCUUUCCUAAGUGCACCGACUUCUUGUUUUGCAAGGAACAGUAAAGAAAAAGCCAAGGACUGAAAAAAAAAUCUAUUAUCUUCAUGAAAACAGAGUUCUGCACACUUGGAGUUUAUUAAUUCCUUCUGCACACUUGGGGCUUAUUAAUUCCUUCUUUUCAGUUUAUUUGCCUUAUGCACUGACUCUCUUCAAAACACAGUGAAGUGCUGGAAUAAAUAUCUGCCUGUGGGAUUUUUAGGGUGGGGGUGGGGGUGGAGACCGGUGUGCUGUACAAGUGUUUACAUCCCUGUCUCCUGCUUUAUCGUUGUUUACUGCAUUUUUUUCUGGAAGGAAGCAAGGAAAAAGGGAAAACACAAAAACCAGAACAGCUUUGGCUUAUGGUUGAUGAAAGCUAUGCACAAAAGAAUGAACCUCUGCUGAAAGCAAAAAGGGCUUCUUGCAUGUAUCGUUCUUGGGCAGGCGUCACCUCACAGAAGCUCCACAUUGCAUAUUCCAAAACGGAUAUUUGGAAGCUCAGUGAGAGAAAUCAGCAAUGUUUGUGUCAGUUUGGUAUGCGAAAAAAAUGGGUAGAAGGUUCAUCAACAAUGUGCGGAAAGCAAAGAAGCAACGUCAUCGGAUCAUGGCAAACUCCCCACCUGUGAUCGUAAAUACAGACAGCAUGGAGGCUCCACCUUAUGUCAACGGAAUAGAGGGUGAGGUAGAAUAUGAAGAAAUUACGCUUGAGAGGGGUAACUCAGGUUUGGGUUUCAGUAUUGCAGGGGGCACAGACAACCCUCAUAUCGGAGAUGAUCCUAGUAUAUUUAUUACAAAAAUUAUUCCAGGAGGUGCAGCGGCACAGGAUGGAAGACUCAGGGUGAAUGACAGCAUACUGUUUGUAAAUGACGUUGAUGUGAGGGAAGUGACCCACAGUACAGCUGUUGAAGCGCUGAAGGAAGCAGGCUCCAUUGUACGUCUCUAUGUGAUGAGAAGAAAGCCCAUCUCUGAGAAGGUUAUGGAGAUCAAACUUAUUAAAGGACCCAAAGGCCUUGGUUUCAGCAUAGCCGGAGGAGUUGGUAACCAGCACAUUCCUGGAGAUAAUAGCAUCUAUGUUACUAAAAUUAUCGAAGGUGGAGCAGCACACAAGGAUGGACGGCUCCAGAUAGGAGACAAAAUCUUGGCAGUGAACAAUGUGGGCUUGGAAGACGUCAUGCAUGAGGAUGCAGUAGCUGCACUAAAAAAUACAAGUGAUGUCGUCUACCUGAAGGUGGCAAAACCCACAAAUGUCUACAUGAACGACUCAUACGCUCCUCCAGAUAUCACCAGCUGGACGGACACUGCAGUCAAAGGUAUGUCAUCGUAUGAUAUGCAGCUUCCUGCCUACUCACAGCAUGCAGAUAGCGAUAUGGGUCACCCGAACUAUUUAGGGACAGAUUAUCCACCGACGCUAACACCAACAUCACCACGAAGAUACUCACCCAUCCCCAAGGAACUGUUGGGAGAAGAUGACAUUCCACGGGAGCCAAGACGAGUAGUUAUCCAUCGAGGUUCCACGGGACUUGGGUUCAACAUUGUUGGUGGCGAAGAUGGUGAAGGCAUUUUCAUAUCAUUCAUCCUGGCAGGAGGGCCAGCAGAUUUAAGUGGAGAGCUCAGGAAGGGUGACCAGAUCCUGUCGGUCAAUGGAGUGGACCUCAGGAAUGCAACCCAUGAGCAGGCUGCAGCUGCUUUGAAGAAUGCAGGGCAGACGGUGACAAUCAUUGCACAGUAUAAACCUGAAGAAUACAGUCGGUUUGAGGCAAAGAUCCAUGACCUCAGAGAGCAGCUACUAAACAGCAGUAUUGGAUCUGGUACCGCCUCACUGCGCAGCAAUCCCAAACGUGGCUUCUACAUCCGGACCCUCUUUGACUAUGAUAAGACAAAGGACUGUGGGUACCUGAGUCCGACACUUAGUUUCCACUUUGGGGACAUUUUCCAUGUUAUCGAUACAUCAGAUGAAGAAUGGUGGCAGGUGCGGAGGGUCCAUCCAGAUGGAGAGGGAGAAGAAAUUGGGUUCAUCCCCAGUAAACGGAGAGUGGAAAGAAAAGAAUGGUCAAGGCUGAAAACAAAGGAUCGACAUGGCAACCAAAAUCGAGAGGAAUGUGUACUAAGUUACGAAACAGUGACACAAAUGGAAGUACACUAUGCCCGACCGAUCAUUAUUCUGGGACCAACAAAGGACCGUGUGAAUGAUGACCUAUUGUCAGAAUUUCCUGACAAGUUUGGAUCCUGUGUCCCACACACGACAAGGCCGAAGAGAGACUAUGAGGUAGAUGGACGGGAUUACCAUUUUGUAUCAUCCCGAGAACAAAUGGAAAAGGAUAUUCAGAGUCAUAAGUUCAUUGAGGCUGGGCAGUACAACAGUCACCUUUAUGGAACCAGUGUACAAUCAGUAAGAGAGGUUGCUGAACAGGGAAAGCACUGUAUUUUGGACGUGUCCGCAAAUGCAGUGAGGAGGUUACAAGCAGCUCACCUUCACCCUAUCGCCAUCUUUAUAAGACCAAAAUCGCUUGAAAACAUUCUAGAAAUUAAUAAACGGCUAACAGAAGAGCAAGCUCGAAAAGCUGAGGACAGAGCAAGGAAACUAGAGCAGGAAUUCACAGAAUGUUUUUCAGCUAUUGUCGAAGGAGAAAGUUUUGAAGAAAUUUACCACAAGGUGAAGCAAAUUAUCGAAGAGCUUUCUGGGCCCUACAUUUGGGUUCCUGCUCGUGAGAGACUGUAAUAUCGCGCUCUGCCUGAUUGUUCAUCUGCUUCUGUCUUUUAGCCUGUCUGCCCUUCAGUGAUUAUAAGAACUUAUGACACCCAACAAGAUGUACAAUCAAAAAUGGAUUCUCCAUCAGCUCUAUUUCGAGAAAUGACUGCUUAUGGCCUUGACACUUUUUUUCAUCUCCGCUACAUGCAAAUGUGCUCGUGCAUGCUUUCUUUUGACAUCCAAAAAAAGAAAAAACAAAAAACAAAAACAGAAGAGAAAGAAAUUCUGUUCUUUUAUAAAAAAAAUUGAAGUCUUUAACCUUGAAUAUUUCCCCUGCAAGAAAACCUAAUUUGGCUUGUUUUCAAGGAACUUCACAAGAGAAUUCGGAGACAGCAUCAGCAAACAGAAAGUAGUGAAGUGCAAAUACAUUCUUACUCUAUUUCCAUUGCUUCUUUUAUUUCCCAUUUUUAAAUAUUGACAAAGACAGAUUUAAAAUCAUUCUGCCUGGUAUGAAUUAAAAGCCAGAGCAGCAUGGUCCUGUUUUGGCUACAAUAACACAAGCAUGGACGAAGAUGUAAAGAGAAGAAGAAAACCAGUUUUAUCUGCAGUUUUCCCUGUUUUGUGGAACAUUACUAUUAAUUCAUGGCAUCUCAUCUCGCAAAUCCUAAGGUCUCUUUGUUUCCUGCAUGGAUGGACAUACAUAAUUGUUGCUAAUUUACUGGGGGAGGGGCAGCUUUAAUUAAUUUAUUUAUUUAAGAAUUACAAAAAAAAAAGAUCAGUUUUGUGACUAUUUUGAGUAAAGUGUUGCAGUGUGACAGUAUUUCACCUGUGCAGAGGGAGAAGCCUAAAGGUUGACUUAUAUAGAAAUAUGUUUAUAUCUAUACAUAAAUAUAUUUAAAAGACUCUACAGAAAAAAAAUGUAAUAGAUGUUGAAAAAUCAUACCUCACAUCAUGCUACUUGGAGACCCCCCUCCUGCUUCCUUUCCCUUGUUUUUGUGGCUCUGUACAGUAAUUAAAGCCAUGGUGGGGCUGGAAUGGCAAUACCACAAUGUCAACACAAGCUCCACUGUAGCCAGUGUUGUUGUUCAUGUUAGUAUUAAUAGCAUCAACAGAGUCCUUUCACAAGGCAUGACAAGGUUAUUCCCAGUCCAGCUCAGGGGCACCCAGGUAGCAACCCCUGAUGAUGACUGUUAGAGUGGAAUGUACAUCACCAUGCUAAACUACGGUUUGUGAGAGGAAACCAUUUUCUAGAAAACCCAUUUGAAUCAAGAUGUAGGAGGGGGAACAUUUUGGUAAACCCGAAUGUAUACCAGUACCUAAACCAUUACUGGAGUACAAUUACAAAGAAGGGAAAGGCAGAUACUUUGUAGUUUUCUGUAUUACAGUAUUAAAAAAGUUUCAGUAUUUAAAAUCCUGAGCUGGAUUUGAACUACAUUCUCUCCACCAAAACAAAGAUCCUAAGACUGCCAUAGAACAAAACUAGUCCUAUUUUGUUUACAAUGUAGUAAAUGGCUAUUUACUUAUAUUUUUUCCAUACUUUAUUACUUAAAUUAGAUGAAUUAUGUAUCCUGGAGAAUAUAUAUUUAUAACUACAGAGGAAACAUUAAUAUAUAAAAUAAUGUGCACAACAUAUCAAUUGGGAUAGUUCAUAAAGGGCAUGUUCCCUCUGCCCUCUCUACUAGAAUAUAAAGAGAAUGAAGCCGAUAUCAAAGGUCAGAUACUAUGGUGUUAUUAGCUAGUCACAGUCUGAGACCUUCUGUACAUAUGUGUAGCCUUUCACAUGACAGCAAGUCACAGAACAAAGCAUGACACGAACCAUGAGAAGAACAACAAAGCACAAUUUUAAUGGAUGGUCUCGGCUAACAGUUCUUUGGUGACUAAUGAGCAGCAACAGCACCUCUGAUAUCCAGGGCCUGGAAAACAGCAAGGGGGGUAGUUAGGUGGGAUAAAACCCUGUGCAGCAGAUUCCAAACUGUGAAUGGCUAGUAGUAAGCACAAGUAGGAAUUAAAGGUUAAAGUGGGCUCAAAAUCACUGACGGCAACAUUCCCACCUAUUUUGUGCCACUUCCAGCACCUUGUUCUGUCAUUUGUAAUGUGCUUUUUUUUCUAACUUAAAAUUUUAUUGAUAAGAUUUAACUGCUUGUUCUACUUAUGAAAAGCCCUAAUUUCAGUAAUAAAUAUGUUUUCCUUUCA